UGAGAUGGACCGCAGAGAGUGACGGUUCACGGGGUUCAGUGCCCCAGGAGACACCAGAGAGGGAAGAUGUCCGUUAUGCGCUGCUCCACCAAACUGCUCUGGCCUGUGUUAAGAGCUAAUCUGGGUCUGGAAAUGGCUCCAGCAACAUCCAGGCUGAAGUCAUCAGUGGCCCAGCCAGCAGCCUCAGAAAAUGUUUCCGGGAAGGAACAACAUUUAAAGAAGAAAGUUGAGUCCAACAAAUCGUUUGUGAUGAACAUUUACCGUGGCGCAGCUGUGACGGACCAAGCCAUUCCCUACCCAGACAUACUCACUGCAGAACAGAGAGAGACACUGGAAAUGCUUAUUGACCCGACUGAAAAAUUCUUUAUGGAGUGUAACGAUGCAGCAAAAAAUGAUACCAUGGAAAAAGUGGACGAAAAAACACUUCAAGGUUUGCGGGAGUUGGGCGCAUUUGGUCUUCAGGUUCCAACUGAGUAUGGCGGCGUGGGACUCUCCAACACACAGUAUACUCGUUUGGUGGAGAUUGUUGGCUACAAUGACUUGGGAGUGGGCAUUACUCUUGGAGCUCACCAGUCCAUUGGUUUUAAGGGAAUUUUGCUUGUUGGUACCCCAGAGCAGAAGGCCAAAUAUCUUCCCAAGGUAGCAUCUGGGGAAAACAUAGCAGCUUUUGCCCUGACAGAGCCCUCUAGUGGGUCAGAUGCUGGAUCCAUCAGAAGUCGAGCAGUGCUGUCCAAGGACGGCUCUCACUAUGUUCUCAAUGGCUCAAAGAUCUGGAUCAGCAAUGGUGGCUUGGCAGAAAUAUUUACUGUGUUUGCUCAGACUCCUGUCACAGAUCCCAACACAGGUGUAACGAAGGACAAGGUGACAGGAUUUAUUGUGGAGCGUUCCUUUGGUGGAGUUACCAGCGGAGCCCCGGAGAAAAAAAUGGGAAUAAAGGCCUCAAAUACAACAGAGGUGUUCUUUGAUGAUGUCAAAAUUCCUGUAGAAAAUGUUCUUGGCGGUGUUGGCAAUGGAUUUAAGGUUGCAAUGCAGAUACUGAAUAAUGGACGGUUUGGUAUGGCGGCAGCAAUGACGGGCACGUUGCGUUACUCUACCAAGAAGGCAAUUGAUUUUGCCACCACUCGAAUGCAGUUUGGUCAGCGCAUUGAUAGCUUUGGCACUAUCCAGGAGAAGCUGGCUCGAAUGGCGAUGGCGCACUACGUAACAGAAUCAAUGGCUUAUAUGAUCUCAUCAAGCAUGGACUCCGGGUCCACGGACUACCACCUGGAGGCUGCUGUUAGCAAAUGCUUUGCAUCUGAAGCAGCUUGGACGAUGACAGACGAGGCUAUUCAGGUGUUGGGUGGCAUGGGCUUUAUGAAGGAGGCUGGCCUUGAGCGCGUGUUGAGGGAUAUUCGCAUUUUCAGGAUCUUCGAGGGAACGAAUGAUAUUCUUCGUCUCUUUGUUGCUCUAACUGGUCUUCAGUAUGCUGGUGGACACCUGCGUGAGUUGCAGCAGGCUCUGAAGAACCCUGCUAGCCACUUGGGACUCAUCUUGGAGGAGGGCACCAAGAGGGCCAAACGUGCUAUUGGCUUCACAAAUAAUGGCACCAUUGAAGGAAUCCACCCUAAGCUGUCUGACUCUGCCUUGCUUCUUGGAAGAGCUGUGGAAGCAUUUGGGUAUACGUCUGAAGGUAUACUGAUGAAGCAUGGCAAGGGCAUCAUUGGCCAGCAGUUCCUUCUCAACCGACUGGCUAACUGUUCCAUAGACCUGUAUGCCAGCCUUGUAGUUCUCUCCCGGGCAACUCGUGCUCUCAACCUGAAUCUGCCAUCUGCAGACCAUGAGGAAAGGAUUGCAAGAGUUUGGGUGAAUGAGGCUUCGGAUCGUAUCCAGCUGAAUUUGACGGCUGUAAAGUCAAGCGUGUCUCUGAAGAACUUCAGUGAUCUAGAAGCCAUUGCCAAGGAUCUCUUCUCCAAUGGAGAUAUUAUUGCUACUGGUCCUUUGGGAAUGUAAAAAUUUUGAAACCAAUGUAUUAUUUAUGUACAGUUUAGAAAUUUUAUAAAUACUAUUGAUAAUAAAUUUGUAACCCCCAA